UAUAACUCAACUUCGGUUAAAACCCAAGCAGAAGUGUACAAUUUUUUGGGUAUAUUAUGUUUAUUUUACAUUGCCGUUAUUAUUUAUACGAAAACUUUGUAAUUUUACCAAUAAACAUUAUUAUUAUAUGUCUUGAAAACUAUCAACUUUAUAAAAAAGUUCAGGGGAACUCAUUUUUCUCAAAAAUUAACCAAAAACCCUAAAAAAAAUCAAUUGAUACUGAUACAAUUUUGGGCCUGGUAACAUGCAUACAAGUUAAAUGAGAUUAUGCAAAAAACAAAUCAAAAUAUUUAUCCGAGCAGAUGCCAAGAUACUUCCUAUACUAUACCUGCAACCAGAAACCCUUAUAAUUAUCGUAAUAUUGUUCGUAGAAACCAAGAAGUCCUUCCAUGGUCAACAAGGACUCUCAGUCAGUAGGCAUAAAAGAAUGAGAACGUGCUACUUCAGCAGAUCCGUGAUAGCUCUAUGUUUGGUUCUAAAGAUAUCGUAGUUCUUAGAAUAGUUUACUGUUCCAAUGCCUUUAUUGUAGGACUUAGACCUAACCAUAACCUUGAAGCAACCCCUAAAUGGUCGAGUAAAAGGGAAAUGCAAGGAUAGCCGAAAAGGAAAGACCUAUUACUCGUUCACCAACAUACCUUACGCAGAACCACCCAUAGGAAAUAAGAGAUUGCAGAGACCCGAACCUGCAAAAGCCUGGGACGGAAUCUUAAAUGCUAUCGAUUUAGAAAGACAAUGCAUAAAAGAUCCAAUUAUGCAGACUGGAAUUAUACGUGGCACCGAAGAUUGCUUGGUUCUUAACGUAUAUACACCUAAGAAAUGCUGACAGCAGUUACUGGUGCUAUAAUGAUCAGUGGGUCAUGCUUGUCACCAUUUGGUUUUGGAUUGGAUUCAAAAGCUAGAUCAAACGCUUUCAUGGUAGGGCGGGAACUGGGAUUGGAUUUGGAUGAAUCUUCUGAAAAUAGCUCAACUAUUCUUUUAGAAAAGAUCCAAAGUAUACCAGCUGAUAAGUUCAUUCGUAUAGCCAGAGCUCCUUUCACGCCCCAUAAAGGUGACGAUGGAAACGGCAUCAAGUUUGCACCAGUUUUCUCCAAAGAUUUUUACCCAACGGCACCAAUGACCGACGCUGUAGAUGAGGGCAAUUUCCACAAAGUUCCACUUCUGUUUGGUAUUAAUUCAGAGGAAUGUCUUACUCCUCAAUAUCUGGGAUUUUUGACACAAAUUCAACGAAAAGCCAUAGUGUGGGAUAACGAUAUUUCGAAAAUGAUAGAUUUGAAUGUCAACAUACCUGACAGGCUUGAGGCUGCUGCAGAUAUGAAGGCAAUUUAUACUAAUAGGAAGUUUUUCUCGGAUGUGGCAGCAAUUGUGAAGUUCUGCACUGAUGAUGAAUUCACGUUGCCUGUAGGAAGACAUGCAGAAAGUGCAUCGAAAUAUGGCAUCCCAGUAUACAUGUAUCAGUUUGCUUAUCAAUUUCUCCCAUCACACUUAAUACCAGGUGUAGAAGGGGUUGCUCACGCCGAAGAUUUGUUCCUUUAUUGGAAUUCGGGGAUAACUACGAUUAACGAGAAGCUAAUCCCCAAUUUUGAGCUGAUAAGAAAGAGAAUGGUGAAAUUAUUGAGCAAUUUUGUAAAAUACAAGAAGCCAGUCGUUGGUGAAGAUCCGCUUUUCCAAAACCUAGCAUGGCCAAAAUUUGACAGCCAGAAGCUGCAGUAUAUGAAGAUAGAUGUCAAUUUAGAAGUGCUUUCUGAUAUGAGAAACUACACCGCAAAAAAGGAGGUCUAUGAUAAAUAUGUACAAAAACCAACAUCUGUUUAUUAAAGAUUUUGUAUCUUCUGAUAAAAUAA